AUGAGGAGUAAGCCAACUAUAUUGCAAAUCAACAAAGGUUUUCAAAGACAAGAGAAGAAAGCUAAUGUGGAGGAGGUAUUAGCACAAUUCAUGAUCAAGGUGGAAAAUAGAUUUCAAAAUCAAGAUGCCACAAUGCAGAACAUUGAAAGACAAAUUGGACAGUUAACACAUAUAUUAACUGAGAGACCUCAAGGUUCUUUUCCAAGCACCAUAGAGACAAAUCCCAAAGAGCAAGCAAAUUCGAUUACAUUGAGGAGUGGAAAGACUUUUGAGCAACCCCAAAGUGUCGUCAAAGAUGCCAUGGAAAGCUUGACUACCAAGAAUGAGACAAAGCAAAACAUGGGAGAUUCAAACAUAGCAAAGGCAUAUGCACCACAGCCCAAAGUUGUCAGUCCACCAUCAUAUCUUCCAUCAAUUCCUUUCCCACAACAUGCUUUAAAACAAAUGUCAAACUAUGUCAAGUUUAUGAAAGAGAUCCUCUCCAACAAAAGAAAGCUUGAGGACAACGAAACUGUUAUGCUUACGGAAGAGUGCAGCAUAAUUUUACAAAGAAGGCUUCCGCCAAAGCUAAAAGAUCCAGGAAGUUUCUCAAUCUCUUGCACUAUUGAAAAUUCUUAUUUUGAAAAAUCUUUAUGUGAUUUAGGUACAAGCGUAAAUCUAAUGCCUUUUUCAAUCUUUAGGAAACUUGGACUUGGUGAACCGAAGGCAACUACAAUUUCUUUACAAUUGGCAGAUAGAUCGAUCAAGCACCCAAGAGGAGUUAUUGAAGAUGUGUUGGUGAAAAUCGACAAAUUCUUCUUCCCGACUGAUUUCAUUGUUUUGGACAUGGAGGAAGACGAUGAGAUCCCACUCAUACUUGGUCGACCAUUCUUUGUUACGGGGAGGACAUCAAUCAAUGUUCAACAAGGUAAAUUGAUUUUGAGAGUGCAAGAUGAGCAAGUGAUAUUCAAUGUUUUUGAGCCAAUUAAGUUCUCAUCCGGAUGUGUUCGAGUGGACAUUAAAGACAAGUUGGUAGUUGACACUUUUAAAAAGAAAAAGCCAAGGCCACAUGUUGAAGCAUGUCUCACCGACUCUCGCUUCAUCGAAGACGAGAAAGUUUGA